AACCGCAACCAUGCACGGAAAGAUCAUCUUCUACGAGGACAGGAACUUCCAGGGUCGGUUCUAUGAGACCACCACUGACUGUCCCGACAUGUCUUCCUACCUCAGCCGCUGCCACUCCUGCAGGGUGGAGAGCGGCUGCUUCAUGGUCUAUGACCGUCCCAACUUCAUGGGUAACCAGUACUUCAUGAGGAGGGGCGAGUACUCUGACUACAUGCGCAUGAUGGGCAUGAGCGACUGCAUCAGAUCCUGCCGCAACAUCCCCAUGCACAGAGGACAGUACAGAAUGAGGAUCUACGAGAGGGAGAACUUCGGUGGUCAGAUGAUGGAGCUGAAUGAUGACUGUGACUCCAUCCAGGACCGCUACCGUAUGUCUGACUGCCAGUCCUGCCAUGUUAUGGAUGGCCACUGGCUCAUGUAUGAGCAGCCCCACUUCAGAGGUAGAAUGAUGUACAUGAGGCCUGGCGAGUACAGAAGCUUCAGGGAGAUGGGAAUGAGCAACAUGAGGUUCCAGAGCAUGAGGCGCAUCAUGGAUUCCUGUUAGGCAUGGCAUGUUUGCUAAAGCUGAUGUAACAAUCGUGUGUCAAUAAAA